UGGCUAUCGCCAAAAAGGUCAGUGCCGAGUGUGAUAAAAUUACGCAGGAAAUGUAACGUUCUGGUAAUGUCCAUGCGCAAGCGUGUCCUAUGGAUACGAAAGUGGGAGAAUAAGUUGUAAGUCAAGUUAUGAUAAUGUUCACCGUCCCGACGAGUCAAGUUAUUGAAGCGUCUACUGUAUUCAGCAGCGUCUGAACGCAAUUCAUCAUCUGAUGCGUGCAAAUGAGGGAGAUUAAAUUCUGUGAGUAAUAUAAAUAAAAUUCGAAAUUACAACAGGGUGCAUUGUGACAGUUGAUCGUUCGUUUAUGAAGAGAGGAACUGGUAGUCUCGCGUGGUGAAAGUCAAUUCUGCAUUACGGACAAUUCGCCUUACGUUAGUCCCAGCAUCGGUAUUCAGGAUCGUUGCACCAUGGAGGCUGCGAUUGCUCUCACUGAGGGAGAUGGGCAACCCAAAAACUGCAACAGGCGAUUCACGAGGGAAACUUUUCACCAGGUGCUGGCUUGCUUGAUCGCGAACACUUCCGUUCUCGGACCUGCAAUGGGAGUCGGAUACAGCGCCGUUGCCCUCGAACCACUCGGCUCACCCCAAAGCGAGAUUCCGGUUACCGAAGAUCAGCUGUCUUGGUUUGCAAGUGUGACGGCGAUCGCUACACCAAUUGGAUGCAUACUGUCCGGCCUGGCAAUGCACCGAAGUCGAAGAUUCGGAAUAAUGACAACAUCUUUCGUGUCGUUGGUUGGCUGGCUCGUGAUCUAUUUCUCUCCAGGUUUCGGCUGUAUCCUAACCGGAAGAGCGAUAUGCGGUGUGGCGGUGGGCCUGGCUUCGGCACCGUCGACGAUUUAUGCAGCCGAAGUUGCAGCCCCUAAGCUACGGGGAAUCGUUGUGACCUGGACUAGCGUAUCGAUCGCGAUUGGCGUCCUUAUCGUUUACGUACUUGGAUACUUCUGCAAGGAAAACUGGCGACUCGUGGCGUUGCUGUGCGGUAUGUUUGCGGUGUGUUCCCUGGUCCUGACAUUCCUCUUCAUGCCGGAAUCCCCGGCGUUCCUGAAGGCUUCCGGGCGUUCGGAAGCAGCGGAGAAUUCAUUGCGGCGUUUGAACGGCGUACGAAAAGACAAAAAGACGCCGGAACACCUCCUCGAGGAGCUAUUGAAAUCCAGAAAAAGCGUCGAUGAUACGGUCCAGCACGUUUCGGGAAUUGGCAGCAUAUUCACGCCCGAGAAUCUCAAGCCGUUUUUCAUCAUGGUUGGCUACUUCUUCUUCCAACAGUUCUCAGGCACCUUCGUCGUCAUUUAUUACGCGGUCAACUUCGCCCAGGAGACUGGGAUCCAGAUUGACGCGAAGCUGAUGGCCAUCUUUAUCGGGAUAGCCCGAGUCCUGGGGACAAUUUUCGUUUCAUGGCUGUCCAUGAGGUUCGGUCGGAGGAUACCGUCAGUGGGAUCCGGGGCGGGGAUGACGCUCUUCAUGGGGAUACUGUCGGUCUACUCAUGGGCUUCGAGUCACGGUUUCGAGAUUCGGGACGGAGGAGUGAUACCCGCGAUCUCGAUCGUGAUGUACAUACUGACGAGCACUAUGGGGUUCUUGGUCCUGCCAUUUGCAAUGAUCGGUGAGAUCUAUCCGGCCCGAUUCAAGGAUAUACUGUCGGGACUGACGACCUGCCUGGCCUACGUCUUCAGCUUUAUGGUGCUCAAGGCGUACCCCGAAAUGCUAAAGUCGAUCGACAAGCACGGCGUCUUCAUGUUCUACACAGCUUUCUCACUGUUUGGAACAAUUUUCGUUGCUGUUUUCUUACCCGAGACAAAGGGCAAGACUCUUCAGGAAAUCGAAGAGUCUUACAAGAACAAUAAAAGGGCGAGAACUGUCAGUGGCAAAACGAAAACUACAGGCUGCAGUGAUGAAAACGGUGAUAAGGACAUCCAGCUUAAGAUUAUUACAAGCAAGGAUCAACCUCUUGAUAAUCCAACAGAUAAAGUUUAACAUUACGAAAGUAGUUAGUAUAAAUUGCGUAAUUGUUUUGUAACACAGUUACCACUAUCGGUUGUUUUUGCCAAAAGCUCGUUCUAGUUAUCAUUCUCUUUUCGCAAUACUGUGCAUUGCGAUAUUUUAAUAUUCGUGUCAGACUGCGUUAUCAAGACCCCCCAAGAACCACUAAAGAAGAUUAUCCAUACGACAUUACGUAUCGAUUGCGAAAUGAACAUUGUAUUAUACAGCUUUGUCGCAAGUUAUAUAACUAUACAAACUGUCUUAAGCAAACAACAAAAUUGAAUGAAGAGUGCGUAGGUUAAAGACGAUACAGUCGAUUAAGUUUUGCUCCAAAACUCUUGAAGAUUUAGGUUUACUCAAUUUCUUGGUUUUGUUUGAUUUGUUUUUUUUUUUUUUUUUUUAUUAAAAUCUUAAAUAAUAAAUUAACAAAAGGGGUAACAAUCACAAUAAUUAAAUAACAAACACAACACGU